AUGGCAAUGCGGGAUUAUACAGCAGAUAAAGAAUCAUUUAAGAACUUUUUUGUGGAUUUUUGCCAAACUGACGAUGAGGGAAAUAAGAACUUCAAAUAUGCUGAACAGCUUUCAAGAGUCGCACAUAGAGAACAGACAGCUUUCAUAGUUGAACUAGAUGACCUGAAUGAAACAAACGAUGAGCUCGCAGAAGCCGUCAAACAGAAUACAAGGCGCUAUACUAACAUGGUGUCCGAUGUGGUGUAUGAGAUGCUUCCAGAUUACAAACAUAAAGAGGUUGUGACCAAAGAUGCAUUGGAUGUGUACAUAGAGCACAGAAUCAUGUUGGAAGCUAGGAAUCACCGGAUCCCUGGAGAGAUGAGAGACCCACGUAAUAGAUACCCACCAGAGCUAAUCAGGCGAUUUGAGGUGUAUUUUAAAGACAUGUCGACAAGUAAAUCAUUGCCGAUCCGGGAAGUUAAAGCUGAACAUAUUGGAAAAUUAGUUACAAUUCGAGGUAUAGUAACACGCUGCACAGAUGUGAAGCCAUUAUUGGUAGUAGCGACAUACUCGUGCAGCGCUUGCGGUGCGGAGACAUACCAGCCCGUUCGCUCUUUACAGUUUACUCCCCCACCCUCAUGUACUGCAGAUGAAUGCCGUUUGAACAAGACAGCUGGACAACUACAUUUACAGACUAGGGGUUCAAGAUUCCAGAAAUUCCAAGAACUUAAGAUACAAGAACAUUCUGACCAAGUACCAGUGGGCCACAUUCCACGACAGCUGUCGGUCUACUGCCGUGGCGAAACUACUCGACGAGCUCAACCGGGAGACCACGUAGCCGUCACUGGAAUAUUCUUGCCUUUGCUGUCCUCUGGGUUCAGGCAGAUCGUGCAAGGACUGCUCUCUGAUACUUAUCUUGAGGCCCAUGGUGUCACUUGCCUCAAUCAAGCAGAUGAGAGCGAGAUGGCGGAGGCACUCACUGAAGAGGAACUGGCUGAGCUUGCUGAUGAAGACUUGUAUUCAAGGAUGGCAAGAAGCCUUGCGCCCGAAAUAUACGGACAUGAAGAUGUGAAGAAAGCACUGUUGUUAUUACUUGUCGGCGGAGUUGAUAAACGUCCAAAUGGUAUGAAGAUCCGUGGUAAUAUAAAUAUCUGUCUGAUGGGUGACCCUGGUGUGGCGAAAUCUCAGCUGCUCAACUACAUCGACCGACUGGCGCCGCGCAGUCAGUAUACGACGGGGCGGGGCUCCUCCGGUGUCGGCCUUACUGCUGCUGUUUUAAAGGAUCCAUUCACUGGUGAGAUGAUGUUGGAAGGCGGUGCGCUAGUGCUGGCCGACCAGGGCGUAUGUUGUAUAGACGAGUUUGACAAAAUGGCCGAGAAUGACCGCACAGCUAUCCACGAGGUCAUGGAACAGCAAACCAUAAGCAUUGCCAAGGCGGGUAUAAUGACGUGCCUGAACGCUCGCGUGUCCAUCCUGGCGGCCGCCAACCCUGCGUACGGGCGGUACAACCCGAAGCGGACCAUCGAGCAGAACAUUCAGCUACCUGCUGCAUUACUCUCAAGAUUUGACCUGCUCUGGCUCAUACAGGACAAACCUAACCGCGACAAGGACCUGGAGCUGGCGAAGCACAUCGCGUACGUGCACCAGCACUCGGCGCAGCCGCCCAGCGAGGUGCGCGCGCUGGCGAUGCGCCUGGUGCGGCGCUACGUGGCGCUCACCAAGCGCAAGCAGCCCGCCGUGCCCACGCACCUCGCCGACUACAUCGUCUCAUCAUACGUAGAGCUUCGUCGCGAGGCUCGCAAUGCUCGUGACGUCACGUUCACGUCCGCCAGGAAUCUACUCGCCAUACUGCGCCUGUCAACUGCACUCGCUCGACUUAGGUUAUCUGAUGUAGUGGAAAAGGAGGAUGUAUCGGAAGCAAUCCGUCUCGUCGAGAUGUCUAAACAAUCACUUUCGCCUGUUGAUGAAAAUGUUCAAAGGGGCAUAAGUGCAACGGAUCGCAUAUUUGCGAUAGUGCGUGACGUGGCGGGAUCCAGCCAAACCGUCAAGAUCGCUGAUGUUAUCGAGCGCUGUGUAGACAAGGGCUUCAAACCAGACCAGGUGGAUGCUUGUAUUGAAGAAUACGAAAAUCUCAACGUGUGGCAGGUGAAUCAAGUUAGAACGAAGAUUACAUUUAUGUGA